UUGGAUCUCGAGAAAGUCGAGGCGGCUGCAGCGAAAAUCACGGACGUGAAGCACCUAGCCUCCUACAACUGGAUCGAGGCCCCUACGCCCACCAUUGUCGUGCCGGGAUGCCCACCUCGAUGGUCCCCUUCCGACAUUCCUCGACAGCUCCAGCAAGAUUGUGGGUUGUUUUACAUUGCUGAAAACUCUGCUCGCCAGCCUGCUAGCCCGCUGGAAUCUCUGUUCCAGGCACUAUGCCUCACCGAUCCCUCAUUCGAUAUCCGCACUGUGAAUAUUGUCACCGACAGACACAUUCUGCGCCAGCUUCUUGCCUUUCACAUCCCCAACAGCAUUGGACACCACAUAAUUGUGUCAUACUCCUUCAGCGGUCUCAAGUUCCUUGUGCAGCAUGAAACGGAUGGAUACGUUGAUACAGCACUUGGUUCGUCUCAGAAGAAGCCCAGCAAGGCCAGACUGGUGGUUAUGAGGGGGUACUGGAAAAGGUUGCUGCCAGAGGAUCUCUACCCCAAGUGGAGUGAAGGUGGCAAUGUGGAGGAAAACAAGCCAUGA